AUGAAGACGUUGACCCUGGUCACAGGAGCGACGGCCAUCUACGCAUUCCUACUGGAAAAAAAAUGUCUAAGUGGCCACGUAAUACUUCCGAAGGAACAUAUAUGUGAUUUUGCAUUCAAUCCACAUAGUAGCAUCAAACCGGUGUUGAAAGAAGGACUGAAUGGAAGUGGACACGAUGGAGGAGAAGUUUGGUGCACGGUGCAUAACCCACAUCUUACAGACUACGUAGCAAUGAUUUGUCCAAAAAAAGGAACAGGAGGAGCAGGAACAGGAGAUUACGCAGAGUUGGAAGCCGUGCCAGCGAACUGUUUUACCAAACAUUUAUACUCCCCCUAUGAUGGACAAGAAAAGGAAAAGGAUAUGCAACUCCUCGAAUUAGAUCAACAAACAUUGUCGAUAGGCAAAACAUUUAGUGACUUUGAGUUGAAGAUGUUGAUCAUCCCAGGGUAUUAUAAACACAACAAAACCAUAUAUUGUAGAUGCGACAACAGGAAAACGAAAAAAGGUGGUCAGGAAUCUGGUAAUGUGGAAGAGGGAAAAGUGGGACUAGUAAAAAUUGUCUUAAACCAAAAAAACAAGAAACCACCCAGGGGAAUCGAUUUUACCGAAACGAAUGAAUUCGAACAGACAGAGUUCGUGCCAAAUGGAAAUGAUAGAAUAAUUCAAGCCAAGGAAAAUGAUAUUAUUCAUUUUAAAUUUAAGCGCAAUGUGCAAGAACCUCAAAUAGAAGGAUGUGAAAAUAUUAUUAACAUGAAGUAUGGCAUUCUACAACAGCACGUUUUACAUCUUCGAUUUCCUACGGUGUUUUUAUCCACAGAAAGCUGUUUCAUUACCAUUAAAGAAAGUGCAAAACCGACGGUAAAAAUUAUUAUGAAGUUCCAAAAAACGGAAAGCAUAGAUGGGUGUGAUUUUACCAAACCGGAAGGGAAGGGAGAUUACCAAGAUGGGUUUUCCUUAGCAGAUAUCGGAUCGGGCACGGAGAAAAUUUGUUCUGUACAUAUUGGACGGCAGAGGAAGGGGAAAAUUGCUGCAGGUAUUAAGUGCCCCUAUAAAUUAACCCCUACCUAUUGCUUUAGACACGUUCUAUAUGAAAAAAACAUCAACGGUGAGAAAGCUUAUCAACCGUUCUUGUUAACCGACGUCUUGGGAACGCUUGAUGUGGAGUUCUACAGCAAUGCAAAACAAGGUUCCUAUAUCAUUGGACUGCCAACGAGUCCGCAAAAAUAUUCUGUUGUCCGAUGCAUUUGUGAGGAUAAUGGAAAGACGGGAAUUAUGGAACUAAAGAUUGACUCUUCUUCCAGGUGGACUUUCCUCAGCGUCACCUUGAUGCUUUUUAUCAUCGCUCUUCUGUACGCAUGCUAG